AAACGGCAGCGAGCACAUACAGUCUAGAGAGCAGCUGAUGCGACAAGAUGCUGAGCGUCGCCUUGCUGUGUGUGUGCGCCGUCGCCUUCGGACACGUCUCCGCUCGCUCCGACGCCGGCAAUUUUUUGGAUGAUAAGUGGCUCGCUGGAAGAUGGGAUAAAUUCAGAGAUGAGCCUCGAACAUGGACUCCAUCCAAGCCCUUCGAUCAAGCCCUUGAUCCCUCCAAAGACCCUUGUCAGAAGAUCAAAUGCAGUCGCCACAAGGUGUGCGUGGCUGAGGAUUAUAAGACUGCUACUUGUGUCAGCCAGAGGAGAGUUAGUUUUAAAGAUGCCAAUUUGUACCAGAGUCCGGGGUCAAAGUGCAAACCCUGCCCUGUGGUUCAUCCCUCUCCAGUUUGUGGAACUGAUGGCCACACCUACUCCACCAAGUGUAAGUUAGACUACCAGGCAUGCAUCACAGGAAAGAAGAUUGCUGUGAAGUGUUCUGGUAUGUGCCCUUGCCCCUCUCAGCCUGAAGAGAGCUCUACUGAGAAGAAAGUGUGCAGCGAGUCAGACCUGAAGGAAGUAGUGAGUCGUCUGAGAGACUGGUUCAGAGCGCUGCACGAGAACGGCAACCAUAAGAGAGUCAAGAUCCAGAAGCCAGAGAAGAACAAGUUCGAAGUUGGAGCAUCACCUAUAUGUAAGGAUCCUCUGGGAUGGAUGUUCUCCCGCCUGGACACAAACUUUGACCUCCAGCUCGACCAGUCAGAGAUCAGGAGCCUCUAUGUGGACAGGAACGAGCCAUGCUCUGAUGCAUUCUUCAAAUCCUGUGAUACACAUGCAGACAAAGUUAUAACCAGCUCGGAGUGGUGCACAUGUUUCCAGAGGUACACAGAUUCCCCUUGUAAAGCAGAGCUGUCCAGUAUCAACAAAAAGCAAGCAGGGAAGAAGCUUCUUGGCCAGUACCUGCCAUCCUGUGAUGAGGAAGGUUACUACAGGUCCCACCAGUGCCACAGCAGCAGUGGCCAGUGCUGGUGUGUGGAUCGCUAUGGCAAUGAGGUAGCUGGCUCACGCACCCAUGGGCCUGCAGACUGCGGCGUGAUUUUGGAGUCUUCUGGGGACCUCGGCAGCGGAAACUCAAUGUUCACAGAUGAUGAUGAAGACUCCUUUGUCCUCAACGACCAGGCUGGAAUGGAUGACGAGGACGACGAGGAUGAGGACGACGAUGACGACAAUGAUGAAUAUCUGUCGUAAUUUUGAAAAAGAAAACAACAAAAAAAAAAACAGAAAACUGUUUGUUUGGUCAAACUGCACGUUUCUAGGUGACUCCCCAGGCAGAUACUUAAUCGUACUAACAGCCUAUGGACUACUCUCUGUGUAUUGUUUGUUCAUAAGUUAAAAAAAAAAAUAAGAGAAAAACAAUAUUCCUGGCAAAUGUUUUUGAUUUCUCCUCCUGUCUAAGUAAAAAAUAUGAUUGGUUAAUGGCACUUGUUCACUUGUCAACCAGAGAAUAUUACAAGGACUAAUCGACAACCAAUCCAGUGCUUUGGAUUUGACCACAUGUGCAAAGACCUCUCCCUUCAUUGGACAGUCCAUCCCUUCUAGUGUGUCCUGUCCUUGUGCAGCACUCCGAUGCCUGCUGAUGCCUGAGGCGCAAUGUUAAAGAGAUUUUCCCCUCUUCAUUCCUCCUCCUGUCCUCCCCCACCCCUUUUACUCCUUAUCAAACGUUCCUGUGUAUAGGUGGGAUGUUGAUGAUGUAGAUAAGAGAAUAUUGCACUCUUUAGGUUUCUUUUGAUCUUGAUUUGUAAUUGUGACUGUAACUGUGUGGAAAAAAACAGAUAAGAGUUAGACAUGCUUCAUUAGGAAAAUUAAGGCAAAAACACAGUGUGAGCUGGAUAACAAUCAAAACCGACAUGCUAGCUGUUUUUCACUGAGACACAAAUCAAGUCAAAUCAUCUAAAAGGCGCAGCAACAAGGAAAGACAAAUUAC